AAACACCGGCGCGGUGACGUCACCGCGCAAGUUACAAAUGUCGGCGCGGCGACGUCUCCGCACGCGCACCGACAAAGUGACGUCGCGUCCGAAGAAGUGACGUCUGUCGACGUGACGUCACGGCGCGUCCGACGAAGUGACGUCAUCACGCACGGCCCUCAAAGAGCUUACGGGAGCUAUAACCACAUAAACUUUUAACUUUAAGGACCUUUUUUUAUUUAAAGCUUUCGGCGUUCACGGCGCGAGUGGCGCGUUUGGCCUAACAACGCGAACGAGAGUGAGAGAGGGGGGAGUGAGAUGGGUGUGCCAGGCCUCACCGCGUGGAUCCACUCUCGCCCCGAUCUCCACGAGGACACGAGGCUCCGCGGCGUGCAGCUCCUGGUGGACGGGGACGCGCUCUGCCACCACCUGUACCGCGCAGCGAGGCUCGACCAGAAACACGGGGGCGACUACGCGGGGCUGGCGGCGGAGGUGCGUGCGUGGGCGAGCGCGCUGCGCACGUGCCGCGUGGAGCCGCUGAUGGUGCUGGACGGGGCCUCGGCGCCCAGGAAGAGGGCGACCCACGUGACGCGGGCACACGAACGCAUCGCCAACGCCCUGUCCCUAGCGAGAGGGGCGAGCCGUGGCGAGGCGGUGCCGCUGCUGCUGAGGGAGGUGUUUGAGCAAGCCGUGCGCGCGUGCGCGGUGCCCUGCGUCGUGUGCCUUGCCGAGGCCGACCGGCCCGCCGGCGCCCUCGCCCGCCACCUGCGCUGCCCCCUGCUCAGCGCCGACAGCGACUUCUACCUGGCGCCGCUGCCCUCGGGCUUCCUGCACCUGCAGCACCUGGACUGGCGCCAGCCGCUGCCCUUGGAGGAGGAGGGGGAGAAGAAGGAGGAGGAGGAGAGGGCGGCGGACGAUGAGAAGGAGGAGGAGAGGCAGCAAGGGAAGCAGCAGGAACGACAAGGGAAGAAGCAAAAGCACCAGAAGCGCCAGAAGCAUCAGCGGACAAGGCAGCAGCAGCAGCAGCAACAGCUGCAGCUGCAGCAGGUGGAGCAACAAAAGCAGGCAGAGCAGCUGCUGCAGCAACAACAGCAGCAGGCGGAGCAGCAACAGCAGCAGCAUCAGGAGCAGCAGCAGCAACAGCAGCAGCAUCAGGAGCAGCAGCAGCAUCAGGAGCAGCAGCAGCAUCAGGAGCAGCAGCAGCAUCAGGAGCAGCAGCAGCAACAGCAGCAGCAAGAGCAGCCGUGCCGUGCAUUCCUGCCCGUUCGUUUGUUCCGACAGGAGCGUCUCCGUGCCGCGUUCUCCGAUCUCCACCCGUCGCUGCUGCCGCUGGUGCCACUGCUGGCGGGGAACGACCACACAGACCCAGUGUCCGUCCGGGGCCUCAAGAGCAAAGCCUGCACAGGAAGGGGCGUGGCGGCAGGGAGGGUGGCGGCCGCGCUCGAUUGGCUGGCGGAGUUUGCGAGCGCGGAGGAGGCGCUGGCGACGAUCGUCGCCGGCGCCAAGGCGGGCGACCGAGCGGCGGUCAAGCGCAACUACGAGCUCCUCGCGCAGGACUAUUCCGACGGUGACGUUGAUCUCCAGCGAUUUGAGGAAUUGCUGUCAGGACCCGAACACAACCUCCCAGCAGAACCGCCACCACAACCACCAACACUACCACUGCAACCACAACAACCAACCCCACCAGCGGCACCACCACCACCACGGCCGCGGUGGCCGGCGAGUGACGGUGCGGCUCCCUCCCUGCCGGCCUGGGUGGACGUAGCGUUGCAGAACGGCCGUCUCUGCCCGGCCAUCGUGGACGCCUACACCCAGAGAUGCGUGUUCAUGCGCGUGCAGGUGGAGGAUGAGUCGCUGGCAAGCGCACACCGCGGCGCCUCCCUGCGCGUGCGUCGCGUGACGUACGGCCUGCUGCUGGCCCCGGCCCCCGGCGGCGAGGAGGGGGACGAGGAGGAGGAGGAGGAGGAACCGAAGCCGAGUUCGACUCCCGUCCAGGUCACGGAGUUCGACCGGGACGGGCGCUCGCUGCGCCGCUUCGCCGUGGAAACGCUGCCCCCUCGCCGCCUGGGGGCACCGCGGCUCUCCAUUCACACCGUGCCCCACACCCCCCACUCGGAGCGUCUCUCCUUCCUGCUGAGGGCUCUGGGUGUGGAGCGGGGGGCCCUGGAGCGCGUGCCCCCCACUCUGCGGCUCGCCGUCGCGUCCAUCCAGCAGUGGAUGGAGCCCGACCCCGAGGACAGCGCUGCACGAGGGCACGGGUGGGCGGCCAAACACGUCGCUCAGGCGCUGCUCAUACACCUCGUGUGUGGGCACCUCGGCGGCGAGGCGACGCGGGCCGUGCUGGCCACGGUGAGCCUGCCCUGCCCGCUGGCGCGCGUCGCCCUGCGCACGGCCCACGCGCUGGCGUGCUGGCAGAGCUGUCUGCACGCCGCGCUCUGCCUCAACCAGGCCCUCAUGCUUCCCCUGCCCGAGCCGGAGCUCAGCAGGCUCUAUCACGGCCCGCUCGUCCACGCCGUCUCCGACUUGCUCAGCUCCGGCACCCUCACCCCGACGGGCAUCCUCGCGGGCUCCGAGGACGCCCUAGCCCUCCACGGUGUCCUCACGGGGGCCCUCGCAGGGGUCCUCGCACCGGAGCCCUCCGCACCGGGGCCCCCCGCUCAGGGGCGGCAGCAGAAAGGGGGGCGUCCGAAGAGACGCCCGGCGCCGCGGGCGGUUAAAGAGACGGACGCUCGGAUGAACGGAAAUCGAUUUGCGGCGCUGGGAUGUGUGGGUGUGGGCGAGUGAUUGGAAGUGCACGUAGCCUGGCACAAGCGCCGUGGUGACGUUACCGCCACUUAGGGGUGAACCGGUAGUUGUUGU